AUGGCACCACCUACAACCCCAGUGAAGGCACCACCUGCAGCCCCUGCACAGGCACCUGCUGGGCAGGUAGCAGCAUCUCCUGGCCCUGUUGAUGUCACUAAAAUCCUGCAAAAGGCUGGCCACUUCACAGUCUUCGUCCGCCUAAUGCAAUCUACAACAGAAGACGUUGAGUUAAACAAGGAGCUGAACACCACAAACAAUGGAAUAACAAUCCUUGCCCCAAGUGAUAAUGCAUUUUCGAGCCUUAAAGCAGGAUUUCUCAACUCUCUAAGCAAUGAAGACAAGACUGAGUUGGUGAAGUUUCAUGUUCUACCUGCAUCUAUAGCAUCUUCCCAAUUCCAGACUGUGAGUAACCCUGUAAGGACGCAGGCAGGAACAGGUCCCCGGGUAACACUUAAUGUCACCACCACAGGGAAUUUCGUGAAUAUAAGUUCAGGACUGACAAAUACAAGCAUAUCCGGCACUGUAUACACUGACAGCCAGCUUGCUAUUUAUCAGGUCGACAAGGUUCUAUUUCCUCUGGACAUUUUUACUCCUAAGCCUCCUGCUCCUGCUCCCGCACCAGCAGUGGAAAGUUCUAGGAAGGCACCACCUGACGUAGAGAGUCCAAGUGCUGCUAAGGAUGUUUCCGGUGCUGUAAGUGUUAUUGUGCACAAUAAUGCUGUGCUUCUUGCAAUCAGUAUGGUUGCCGCAAUGUUUCCAUGA